AUGAAAAACAACCCCGACUUAGAGAAAGACUAUAUAUUUAAUAAUUUAGUCAAAAGAGACAAACAAGAAAGAAUGCCGGGCUUCAAACUUCAGAAAGGAGACAAAGUAAAAAUAGAAAUACCUAAACGCGACCCAUAUGAAAAUACUAUUGACUAUGACAACAAUGGGAACCCGACAGGUACUCACAUUCGUGUUCGUAAAAAUAGAAGAAAGUAUACAAGAGAAUAUUAUGAAGUUUUAGGCAAACAUGGCAAAAUGUACACACUGCAAGCAGAAGAUAAAACUACUAUUGUCAGACCUCGUUUCAAACUUGUCAAAGUUCAAGGUGGUAUACUUUCAAAGACAGUUCCUAACAAAUAUAAGACAACUCCUGACGAAUAUGCUAAAGAAGUUGAAAAUGACGACUAA